UGCAUCGCGUGAGUCUGACUUAGAAUUCACGUUUUACAAAGCCGCACAAAGUCAGUCGCCAAUCUCCGUGCGAUAAAGUUCAGCAUUCACGCUCAAGCAGCCUUCGCGAAGAGUCGAUUUUCAUAUCACGUCAAAGUUUCAUUCGUAGAAGCUACGCGAAAGAUAAUACAAUAUUUUUAACGAAUCUUUCCAAGCAUCUUAACAAAACUAUCUACUUUAACAAAUAUAAUAGCAGUCGUCUAGUGAUAAGAAAUUUCAUAGAAGACAAUUUGAUUCAAAAAAAUUAUAUCAACAUCUUUCAACCACCGAAAAAGAUAGUUACCUCAAGAAGAAAAACAGAAAAAACUGUAUUGCACAGAAGAGAGGAUUCAAGAUAUUUUUAGAAUUUUUCACCAUUUCAAGAGAUGAGAAUCUGAAAUUUAAACUCUCAAGAAAAUGAAAACAAAAGAAUUAAAGAGCCAAGAAUAAACAUUGAAAUGUUUGGAAUCCUUAUCACCUAAAUAAAUUGUACAAGUCUGUUGGCAUGGAAAGAGACUAUCACGCGAUUCUGGUGACAACAUUAAUAAUGUUGGAGAAUGUAAAAGUAAUAGUUGCGCGUUAAAGAACUUAUAUUGAUAUAACUGGGAUUAUAGUGUAGUGAAUUGUGGAGGUGAAUCGCAAACCAGUUAUUGAUAAUUACUGGCAUUGCUGACACUAAGAAUCGGCUGAAGCAUUUUGAUUAGGUUGGAAAACCUGGCCGAAUGAAAAAAUUGGCAUUGUCGAUAUCCAACUAACUAAAUCUCAACUCAACUAGACAACAUAAGUUUGCAUACAAUAAAACUUACACCAAGCUUCAUCUGGGAAGACAUACAUAAAUGUUACCGUACGAAACCGAAGCGUCCUUUUUAGAAAGCAGUUUUUUAUUUCUUGAAUCUGAAAACCAGAGGUUGAAACUAAAAAAUGGAAAACAAGUGACUACAGAAAAUGCAAGUAUAACUUUAAAUUUUAAAAUCACUUUAACUGCCUGUUCAUAUUCCAGUUAAUAGUAACAGCGUACUCCUAACCUGUUUAGAUAAUUUUCGCAUAAAGCUUGUUCAGUGGAAGUACUACGGAUAUUGUCUAAGGCUUUUAAAGCGGACAUUGGAAAAGGAUACAGCCUCCUUGCAAAAUCAUUAAAAGCGUACGUGUUAUACCAGAUAGGGUAUUCGGCUGAGGACCUUGUUGCUAUCGUACAGUCACUUUACUGCCACCAUCGGAAUCAGAGGCAACCGGCAUCGAUGUCUUUCCCGCUUCAUCGAUCGUUUUUCAAAAAUAUGAGGUUCUUUGACAGAACUCUUCAACCAGUUUAAAAUUAUUCAGUCUACCACGUUACUUUGAAAGUUUUAGUUUUUAAUUUUAUUUAUUCAAGGCCAUGGCCCACUCGAUCCCAGUGGAGGAGAAAAAGAGAGGGAACGGAAAACUGGACGAACUUCAAGAGGUCGAGGAAAAUGAUAGCCCCAUGCAGGAAAUUUCCGAAAAGGAGUCUCAACCCCCACCGCCGGAUGGAGGGUGGGGGUGGGUCGUGGUUUUCGGAUCUUUUAUGAUACAUAUAGUCACUGAUGGCGUGACAUAUUCUUUUGGUGUCCUAUUCGAAAAACUUAUCAAUUAUUUCGACGAAGGUACAGGGGCCACAGCUUGGAUCGUAUCUAUUCUAGUUGGUGUGACUUUAUGUUCAGGUCCCAUCGCAAGUGUUUUCGUUGAUAAAUACGGAUGUCGGCCAGUUACAAUCGCCGGCGCUAUGUUGGCGAGCAUCUGUUUCUUACUCAGCAUGUGGGCUCAAAAUAUUAUUACUUUAUGCUUCACGAUAGGCAUUGGCGCUGGUUUUGGCUUUGGUUUGAUCUACCUGCCAGCAAUAGUGAGCGUGACCUGUUACUUCGAAAAAUAUCGUUCACUUGCAACAGGAAUUGCAGUUUGCGGUUCGGGUUUAGGAACUUUAGUUUUUACACCAUUGCUUGAGUAUCUUGUAACUUCUUAUGGAUGGAGAGGUUCGAUGAUAAUCAUUGGUGGUAUCGUUUUGAACUGUAUAUUUUUUGGGAUUCUCUUCAGGCCUUUGGAGCCAGUCAAGAAGAAAGAAUUCAUCCCGAUGCUGGAGAGGCCAAAGAAGAAAGAAACCGAAACACAAUUACUCCCAACAAAUGGAUUCCAGCGUCCUCAUAGUGUCAGUAACGUCAAUUCCAAAUAUCUUCCAGACCAUCAUUACACAAGUUCCAAUAAUAUAAAGGUUGCUUUAAGUCAACCGACCCUUAUCACAAAAAAUCGUGUAGAACACGGUGUGAAAUCAUUUGGAAGCGGAAUCAUGAAUCGACGUGAUAUUUUCUACCAAGGAAGUGUAGACAACUUUCGCAAACACGAGUCUCUAGUCAAUAGCGUGGAAAAUAUGAGGUUCCACGAAUCGAGUAAAAGUUUGCCAAAUGGUACAAAGCACAACUCUGACAAACUUGAGCAAAAGAAGAAAUCGGUGAAUAUAUUCAAGCAAAUGAUGGAGUUUUCUCUCUUAAAAGAUCCGAUCUUUAUUAUUUUUACAUUGUCAAAUUUCUUCACUAGUAUCGGAUUUUAUAUUCCAUUCUAUUACUUAUCGAUUCAAGCCCAAGAUAAGGGCUUGGAUAAUACUACUUCCAAGUAUUUAAUUGAAAUUAUCGGAGUGGCCAAUACGCUUGGUCGUAUUGUUCUUGGGUAUUUGUCGGAUAAACCCUGGAUUAAUCGUCUACUAGUCUACAACAUCUGUUUGACGGUUUGUGGCGUUGCCACUGCAUUUAGUACCUUUUGUGUGUCUUUUGGCGCAUUCGCAUUUUAUGCCAUAAUAUUCGGCUUUACUGCUGGAGCUUACGUGGGACUCACGUCUGUGAUUUUGGUAGACUUGUUAGGCCUGGAUCGGCUAACAAACGCUUUUGGUCUACUUUUGCUUUUCCAAGGAAUCGCAUCCUUUUUAGGACCACCAAUUGGAGGUUGGCUGAAAGACCUUCUUAAAACAGUUGACCCAGCCUUCUACCUAGCUGGAAUAAUGAUAGCACUCAGUGGCCUUAUGUUAUUUUCUAUACCCCCUGUACAAAGAUGGUUGCGAUUAAGAGAAGCAGAGACUAAUAAGGACACACGUUAUAGCUUAAUUUAAAUAAGAUUUAAUACAUUUAUUUUAAUAAAA